AUGGUUGAAGUAAAAUUAUGUAUUAUCAAAUUAGACGGUACAAGUGAAUAUCGUCGAAUUGGCAUUCCAGUUCUAACAGCUUCUACAGAUAUUUUAUCAAUACUACGUGAAAAAUUAACACAAUUUUUUCCUGACUUAAUGUCUUCAAAAGAUGGAAUUCAUCUAGAAUUUCAAUAUGAAGAUGAUAUUCGUGGUCUUGUCAUGGCAGUAUCAACUGAUGGAAUAAAUGAAGCUGCACGCGAUCAAGCAUCACGUCAACAACUUCUUCGAGUUUUUGUUAAAUUUACAAAAGAAGAUGUUGCACCAAUAAAAUUACUUCCACCAAAACAUGUUGGAGUUAUUUGUGAUGGAUGUAAUCGUUCACCAAUCAUUGGUAUUCGUUAUAAAUGUCUCGAAUGUUUUGAUUAUGAUCUAUGUGAAUCAUGUGCUGAUCGACAAUUAAUUCAUACACAUCAUGUUAUGGCUAAAAUUCGAACACCACAUCAAGUCGAUGUUGUUCGAAACCUUUGUUCAUCAGCUCGAACAAAUACAAAUAAUAAAGAACAAUCAAAUAUCUUACCUGAAUUAAUUCUUAAUCAACCGACUGAUAUCGAAAAACAAAAAUAUUAUAAUACAAGUGAAACACAAACAUUAUUUGUUGAAGAAAAAGAAGAAAAUACUGUUGAUGAUGAUAUGGAAAUAAUUCCUAAUAAUAUUAUUCAAGAUGAUUUUGUUCAAUUAGAUUUAAAUGAAUGCAAUGAACAACAACCACCUAAGGUCAACGAACAGUAA